UCCGGAAACUUAUCAAAGUAGGGUAUUAAUGCGCUGCGCGCGAACUACAUUCCUGAUGAACAUGGGAUGUGUCCUUUCUGAGGAUUAACAGUUGACGUCCUCUCUAGGAACGACUACAUCGAGUGACAUUUAAGUGCUGUUAAGUGGUCUGAAUUCUUUUGGUGUUUCAGGUGAUAUACAUCAUCAGGCAUUUUCUUAACUUCAGGAAAAGAAAUGCACCAUCCUUUUCGAAAUUGUUUCAUUUUAGGUAUUUUGUGCCUGGUGGUAAUGCAUCGGAAGGCUUGGGCGGCCUCAGUCGUGGAAGUGGGCUCGGAGAUUAAAUCAACCGUCGAAGAGUUUCUAAAGUCAAAAAGUAAACUGAGGAUGGACGAACAAAAGCCCUUGAAGAUGAACAUAAACAAUCUGCCAGAAAAGAAAAAGCAUCAUCGGUUAGAGCUGCUUGAAGAAGCUUUAAGACUAAUUUAUCACGAAUUAUACGAAACUUCGAAUAUUACAGGAAGUUCGAAUAUCUCUGAUGUAAUCAGCAGGUCCCGGGCCAUCAGCUCGAGGCAAAGUUUCUUCAGCAAUGGCCUUAACAGUGUUUCCGAAUACCUGAUGUCCUUGGUGGAAAACUCUCUGGAAGACUUGCCUAGCCUGCCUAGGCUGGAGGCUCAGGAAUGCAUGAAAAGGAGCGUCUGCGAGGCUCACAAUCAACCAAAAAAAUAUGGACUUAUUGGCCUCGUUCUUCAGCUUUUAUUCCCACCAUAUACGAAAACGGAGGAUCCCAACAACGUGGUUUCUAAGUACCAGCUAGCUGCAAGAUAUGGCCGACAGAGCAAUGCAAAUUGUGGUGUGCAGUAUGAUGGGUGCAUGUUGAAUUUGCUGGAUAUCGUCCAAGCACUAGUUAAUGCUUUCAUACGAUAAUAUCAGAAAUUUCUGAUGAAACUGUAGCUCUGCAUACAGCGAAAUAAUUUAAGAAGAAAAGUUGUGUCAUUUGUAUUUAUUUCAUGUUCUAUUACAUACUGAUGAUUGGUUUCCAUUGGAUGUAAACUGUUUCAUUUAUUUGUGUUUUGCUAAGAUUUUUAAAAAUAUUAUCAAUUUUAAAUAUUUUUAAAAGGCCAUUCGAGGAUAACAGGACCUGGAAUUUUAAGAAUGUUUAACAUAACUAACAGCAUGUUAUUAAUAUAAAAUAUACUUAUAAGCUAAUAUUCUUUAAAAAUGCUACUAUAAGAAACAAAGAAAUGCAAAAAGCUUUUAUUAAUGAGCUUUGUUAAGUAUAAUAUUGGUAUUAAACUUUAAAUGGGUAUAAUGUUAUGUAGUUUCUGCAGUAUGUGACUGAAUUUUUAAUAAAUAUUAACUUAGUUGUUGCUAAGCUAUGCUUUUUUUUAAUUUGAAAUUGACUAUGGAGUAGAAUUAAAAUAUUACUCAGUGGAGUUAUUUUGUGAUAUUUUGAGAAUAUACUUCAGUACAUAUCAAUCAAUUGAAUAUCAUUUACAGUUUAUCGUUACAGAGAUAAUCCUGUUUUAUAAGUAUUGUUUACAAUGUAAAUAUUUCUUUCAGCUUUUUCUAAUAAAGAAACUCAUUUUAAUUUAUUUUGCGACAACAAAUUAACAAUCAUUAACCUCUGAGUUAGCAAAACAUUUCAUAUUAAGGAACAAAAUUGCAUAAUUAGUUAAUAAUGAUAUUUUUAAUAGUAUGCUCCAUGCUGUAAGUGAAUCUUUUAUAAAUUAAUUUUAUUUAUUUUAUGUUUGAGAUUUGCUUUAAAUUAACCUGUAAGACUAUUAUAUUAUUUAUGCAUCUUACUAUUAAGGAUGUAGUAUUCCUGUGAAAAUGGUACUAUGAAAGCAUGAAAAUAUGGACAGAGUGGAAAUACUUUUAUUCUGUUUAGUUUACAAAGUUCUGCAGGAAUUAUUUUGAAAUUCUAAAAUAUCAAUGAUAAGUUUAUCCUAACAAUUCAUAAUGUAAAGUAAUUCAUGGUGUAAUUUUUAAGCAGUAACUUAUCUGAUUCUGAACAUAAAUUAACUGGAAGCAUAACCUUAAAGAGCAGUUUAUUGUGACAAGUAUUACAGUAUUUGAUAUAUUUCAUACUUUUAAAUGCUGCAAUCGAAAUUUUUGUUAACAUGAAUGCAGUAAAAUAUAAUCUAGAGAACCAUAAUGCAAUUGAAUACAGUGCCUUGAUGUUCUAUAAAAUGUAAGAAAAUUUAUUUAAUUUUAGAUUUCAUUUUUUUAUAAUGCAUUUUUUAAAUCAAACGAGCUUAAACACUUGUUGUGCCUGCACGUAGUAGAAUUCUUCUUGAGUAUUUGUAAUUUUCGUCUCUCUUAAUGGCUUUUAUCUUAAAGUGUAUACUAUUUAGUUACAGCAUUAUUUAAUUUACAUUACUUAAGCAUUGUAUUACUUAAGUAGCACUUACGCAUUUUGCUGUGUGUAAUGUUAUUUGAAAGAAAGAAUAUAUGUGUUAUUUAUUACGUAGCUCGAUAAGUUUUUGCCAAUAUUCUGUAUGUUUUAAAUGUGUAUUUAUUUCCCUGUUAUUUAUGAAUAAUUAGUGAAUGUCAUGUUCAAAACAUAUCAUGUUCGUCUCAAGUAUGUGUAAUCUUUUUUUAAAUUCUUAAUAAAUACCUUUUGAAUGAAAA